AUGACAGUCCCCACCGCCCGCCUCUUCUUCCGCUUCCUCUUCCUCUCCCUCUUCCUCGCACCGCUCUGCCCUUCCCACGUCACCAGUCAGGCCCGCCCCCCCGAGACGAUCAGCCGCGAUGUGUGCAUCAUCGGCGGCGGUGCCUCCGGGGUAUACACGGCGAUGCGCCUCCGGCAGCAGAACAUCAGCGUGGUGGUGAUCGAGGCGAAGGGCCGACUGGGCGGCCACACGAACACGUACAUCGACCCGGGCAGCGGCACGCCCAUCGACUUCGGGGUCGCCCUGUUCCAGGACUCGAGCGAGACGGUCGACUUCUUCGCCCAGCUGAACGUGUCCCUCUCGCGCAGCAUGCCGGUCGGGGGGAUCCUCCAGCGCAUCGACUUCCGCACGGGCGAGUCGGUCGCCCCCAACCCGGGCAACGCCUCCGAGGCGCUGGCCAGAUACACGGCCGUGCUGCAGCGGCAUCCCUACCUGGCGGAGGGAUGGAACCUGCCUGAUGACAUCCCCGAGGACCUGCUCAUGUCGUUUGGGCAGCUCGCGAAGAAAUACGACCUCGGGCCCGUCAUGGAGACCAUCAGCCUGUACACCCAGGGCGUGCGCUCCUGGCUCGACUAUCCCGCCGUGUAUCUGCUGAAGUUCAUGUCGCUGGAUCUGGUGACCUCGCUGCGGCAGGGGUUCCUGCAGGCCUCGGGGCAUGGCAGCAGUGAGCUGUAUCAGGCCGCGUUGAGGCUACUGGGCGGGGAUGUGUUGCUGCGGAGCGUUGUGGUGGCAGCGUCUCGGACGGGGGAUGAGGGCCAGGGCCAGGGCCAGGGCCAGGGCCAUGAGCUGACGGUGCAGACGGAGGACGAGCAGGUCGUCACGGUCCAGGCCGCGCUGACCAUCCUGGCGGUGCCCCCCAAGGGACCGGUGCUGGAGGGCUUCGACCUGGACGCCCACGAGGCGACGCUCUUCGGGCACUUCCUCAACGGCCACUACUACGUGGGCCUGGUCCGCGUCCCCCAUUACCCCUCGGGGCUGCAGCUCCUCAACCGCGGCGCCCACACCCCCUACGGCCUCCCCCGGCUGCCCUGUACCUUCUCGGUCGCGGCAACGGCGGUGCCGGACAUCGUGACGGUCAGCUACGUCAGCGAGGAGCCCAGGUCCGCGGAGGAGGUGCAGCAGGCCGUGGGGGAGGAUAUCCUGCGCGUGCUGGGGAGGGAGAGGCAGGACGACGAAGAGCCCCGGUUUGUGGCGUUUGCGGACCACAGCCCGUUCGAGAUGUCGGUCAGUCGCGAGGCGAUCGAGGGCCGGUUCUAUGAUCGGUUGAACGGGCUGCAGGGCCACCGCAACACCUUUUAUGUCGGGGCGACGUGGGAGUAUCCGGGCUCGUCGCCCAUCUGGCGGGCCGUGGAUCGGCUGUUGCCGGCGAUAAUCAGAAGAUUAGAAGGCUUCCAGGGGAGGUGA